CUGCGAUACUCACUCGUAGUAAGGCAAUGUCUUGUAGCGAAUGUACUGAAUCAUUAGCUUCUCGACGCCGGUGAUGAGCGUGUUACCGACUCGCUGCAGAAACGUCAUGGGAUUCCGGGGACCCAUUAGGAGGUGUGGAACGGCAGCCACCUCCAACGGAUUGCCUACCACAUUCGUUACCCCGGAUCCAGCGGCCGAAAAGUAGAGAAUCGUUGGACAGUUAAACAGCUGGCCAAUGCCGAGCACGAAGCUGUUCAUAAAGUAUCCAACGAUCGCCAGAUCGAAUUGCUCCUCGCGCACUAACGCCCGGAACGCCUCGGUGUUGAUCGAUGUGUUUGAUGCUUCCAGUGAGACGUUCAGAAUUUUCGGCAACAGUUUCAUCAUGUUUCGAUCCCCACCCUGCAUGAACUCGCUCAUAAUCGUCGUAAAUGCUCCCUCGAUAGGCAGAUAAACAUCGCGAUAGUUCGCUGGUGGUCGUUUCAACGGAAAAGCCGAUACCAUCGUCACCUGUGAACACACAAACCCCCCGGGGUGAUGAAGUACAUUUGGUGGAUGUGCUGAGAAGUGCCAUUUACCUCAUGACCACGGUUUGCCAGCUCCUUGAGCAGAACCUGUAAGCCUAAAACGUGCGAUUUGCUCGCAGUUGGGAAGACGCCGAUGAUUUUUGCUGAAUCACCAUGACGAGCAGCGAGUAGAGCGAACAGCACAACGCUGAAGGUCAGCCUCGUAAUUACCGAGUACUUCAUCAUCUCGCUUAGGACGUGGCGUGCACGAUCGAAUCGAAGCUCGGUUGCUGCUCCACAAGCCGCUAAUUGCAAACUGUCGCACACGGGUUUACGAACGAAUGUCCUCACUACCUUCGUUUAUCUGAUCGACACAGAGUCUUAUCACUUUUGUUCUUCGAGUUAACGGCUAAAAUACAUUUUAUCAGAUAUGACUUGCAACCUCCAAAAAAAUCACUUGUUGCACGAUGCUCGAACGCCACUGAUGAACGCACAAAGUUGAAUGAAGGUGCUGCGGCACCGGCAAGAUCGAUCGCGUGGAUCCGGCUUCUCAAAACCGGCUCGAGACGAGCGGGCAGCAUCAGGAACAACGCGUACACAACACAACCACACACGCACUGGGUAGUGAUUCCCUUCUCUCUGGCGUGAAUGAGAUGUCGCGGCACCCGGUGGACGACGAUGCCAGCACAACUACCGAAACACGAUCACCCGGUGGUGUGACGUCAUCUCGAACGCACAGUAAUGUCCCUGCGUUGGCACGGUUUGUUGUCGUUUCAUGCCAAAGCCUACUAGAUGGUUGCCAGAACGCCGUAUUUAACCGGCUAAUUACUAUGGUUGUCAUAAAUUGAGCCACUGCCACACAAACACACAUGCCAGACAAGAUAGAUUGUAUGUUCGGUGUCUCAUCACGCAACCAUCUGAUGCUGAAGAUGAGCUAGUUUAUGAUUUAUAGAUCGCACGAUCGAACAUGUUUCUUUAUAUUUGCCAGUACGAGUUGUACUUGAAUAAUACCACCUCACAGAUGUCCUUACAAGAAGAUGUGAUCGUGAAGCGCCACCGUCGCCAAGAUGUCACUGAACUUCCCGUUUGUGGCCAUUACGAUUGGCGACUUGCUACCGACCACCUCCGACGACCUUAUUUCGAUUUUUCUUUUGUUUUUACUAAACCUCAGCCCACGAUCUUGCCGUAAGCAAGAGAACGCCGAGAAGGCAGACGAGCACGCACGUCUCGCACCUGCUCCCUGGCCCGGCCCGGUGGUCAAUUUCCACUGCUGGUGGUGGUGAAUUUAUUUUUGACGAGUCGCCUCCCUCCUACCACCCUAACGCGAACAACGUGUGCUGCUCGGUCGUGUAGGGUGGCGUGCGAUGGCGUGUGAAAUGUGAAAAUUCUCCUUCGCAAAACAUAAGCCGUUGGUUUUGUUGGUUGGUUUGUUGCGAUCAGAUCGGUGCGAGAUCGCCGUUUGCCGAAGCCGAAUCUCGAGUUGAAUCGUGGAAAACAUCGUCUCUCUAGUAAGCGAACGGCGGCGCUAGUGGUCCGUGGUUUAUGCUCCAAGUGAGCGACAUCACCUCGUGCGCGCGUGUGUUUCGUGUUUUGUGGUCAGCCGUCAUCGAUGGAAGAGGACAGCAAAGGUAGUAGUGGUCGCAACAGCCACUCGGAACCAGGCGAAACCGAAGAGCAUGGUCACAAGAGUCACAGAAAGAAAUGCAGUCGACACCAUCAUCAUCAUCAUCAUCAUCAUCAUGGUGGUCAUCAUACUCAUUCGAAGAAUGAGCAGCCAGACGUGGUGGAGCAGCAGGAUCAUCGGAACCAUCAACAUCAUCACAAAUGUCGGCAUCAUCAACGACGAGCGGAGGUUAGUCGUGCACUUGUGCACAGUUACACGCGACAUUUAACUACGCAACGACACCACGUGCGACGUCAACACUAAACGCUCCUUAUCUGCAGUUCCGCAGCGAAAUGUACGCACACCAACACUGCUUGUGCUGGUGCUGCUGCUAAUGUGUCGAUGGUUUAUUUUCGGUAAAAAUAGAGCCUUUUUGGCAGAGCCAAAACACACUUCCGCCAUUCAUACUCUGUCGGGUGUCGGCGUGCAAGCAAGUGAACCACGGUCCCAUGAAUGGUGAUGAGGUGGAACCAGAAAGUAGAAGCAAUUGCCCUCUUUCACCCCAUUUUCCGUUCACAAUUUUAGCGGGUAAAAUGAUGGUUUCUACUUUGAAAGUACGAUUACGCCACGUUGUUCCUCCUUCCUGUGUUACGCAAAAGGAUUGAUUAAAUUUCCGCCAAGUCAAUGCUGCUUCUCAGCGGUAUCGAUCGUGUUUUUUGGGGGGAGUAGGAUGGUCUGUUGCGAUAAACAGAUGUGUCGCUCUACCCGUUCCGAUGUCUUAUGAAAUAUUGCCUUUUACAACCACCACGCGUUCCGUGCCGUACGUUGUUUAUGCUAUCCAGACGGACGGAGCUCGUUGCCUCAAGAUUGGGGUCUGGUUUGAUAAAUAAAAGCAGCUAGUCUAGUGUAUGUUCACAGUUAAUGGUGAUCAUGUUUGCUUGACCUGCUGGUGUGCUGGUGCAGGGUCCCUAAUUUACGACUGACAGACGACUGCGUCUGUCUGUCACACUUCCGGGAUGCGGAUGGUUUUACAUAAUAUCGACAUUUUGGCGUCGAAUGUUUUAUCUUUCUUUGUGCAAUGGUACGGUACCGACAUGAACCAGCUUAGCUUGCCAAAUCCUGAAAAGUUAUGGCGUUGCACGUCGGGGCACGGAGCUCACCGUGUCCACGUCUCAACGAUUGAAUUCCAAGGGAAGAAUGUGAUUACAGACGACAUGAAUAUGGUCUCGGUUCGUUCAAACAUUUAUGCGUAACAGCUGCAUGCUUUAUAGCUAUUGGACGAAUGACGCGCGCAGAUAUGCUGGGGAUUUCAUUGUUUCGUAAUGAAACAAUUUCAGAAUCCUACGUCGCUCUUCAGUUCUCUCGAGAAUUCCGUUGUCACUUGAACUCGUCGCCCUCGCCCUACCCUCGCUGCGGUCAAUGAUUAGAAUCAAAAAUCGUUCCCAUUUUAAACUGCCUCUCGCAUCGCUCCUAUUGGGGACUGAUUUAUGCACUUCAACCCUUCCCGAUUGCGUGUGUUAUGUAUGUGCCUUUCGAAUGUCAUCAUCGACCUUCUCCUGCUCUGAAUCUCUGUUAACACCCCUCGCCGACAUGAAAGAAUGUUGUGGCAUGGUCUGCGUGUGUGUGGAGAUGCGCGUUACUUAACCCAUAUCUCUCGAUGGCCGUCAACAUUGUGGCCAUGUCUGUCUGUCUGUCUGUCAUAUUCUCUCCUCCAACUUGGGAGCCUUGGAGGAUGUCUCGCGGUAGAGGUGUAUUGUGAUCAUCCUUUCAUCAUUAGCCAUGGACAAUAUGAAACGCCAAAAGAACGUCUUAAUACAGACUGUCAUAUCAGUAUGUAGCACAUCCUCGAUGGAAGGUGCACGACUCCCACGAAAAAAAAAACAUAAUAGAGGAGAACGCUCGCUCUCUCUCUUUCUUUUUCUCUGUCUCUCUUGAUUUCCCUGCGACGAUCAUUUCGCACAGUCUGGCGCACAGAUUGUCCAAUCUGGCCAGUCAGUCUACACGAUUCGAUCGUACGAAUCAGUAAGAGCGAGCAGCAGAAGAUCGAAACGAGCCGAACCUACGACGCACGACAAGCGCGAUCCUCAUCACAACGAAAUCGAAACCGAUUCGCACCGCGACCAUCCACGUUCCUUUGCUUGCUCUCGCUCCUCCCUGCUAUCCUGCUAUCGUAUUACGAAAUACAUAAAACCGAAAGCUAGACCACACCACGACCAAGCGACGAGAGGAUUUGCGUUGUGCUGGCAACAUCAUCUGCUGGUUUCGUCACCACCACUACGCACACGGUCCUAACUAGAUCGUUGAUGCGCCGCUGGUGGCUCUUCAUUGUGUGUGCUAGCAGCAGCGGAAACAGUGUACCGCAGACCGUAGAACCGGAACGUCAAACAAGGCAACCAGCAGUAGAUCGAACUCGCGAUCGUGUGUUUCGUGGCCCGCGGUGGCGGUAACUCGCGGGCAGCACUCACUCCUUGCGUGUCCCAAGUGUUUAGUUCCCCUUUGGCAGCCUAUUUUUGUGUGAAAUCGCAAACAUGUGCCGGGGUGCUUACUGUGCAUUGAAAGUGAACCCCAUUAACCGUGUUCGAUCGUAAAGUGUGUGUGCUCCGACGAUGGAGACGCCCGGUACUUCACAUGUUCGAUCGUCUUUCGUGUCGUGAUUGCCGCUGAUUAAAAUAUCUUUCGAAUUAAUCAUUCAAGAGCGACGUGGCCGUAAAGAGGAAAGUGGUUGCGUUUCAUCGCCACCUAUUCGAAGUUGAUCGGAAAGUGUAGAUCCACGCGAUCUUUUGAUUUUUCACCGAGCCGACAGGCGACGAUUGGCACCUUCAGCAAAGUGGUUCCGACCAGUGGCGGCAGGCAGCAGAAUCAACAGCAAUAAUAUUUAUUGUGUGCGAAAUCGGUCCCGAGCGGCCCAGCGUUUCUCCUCUAUUUAUAAAGAGAGUCACUGCUCCUGCGUGCCUCCCUCUCGAGACAAAGUUGUUAAACAUAUGCCCCCGCGCCCUCCGUACGUCUGCCGACCUGGUGUUGUUUAGGGGUGCUGUAAAAACGAUCUUAGCGUCGCCGCUUGCCAUCAAAUCCACCGAAGCAGCUACGUACGCAAUAUGAACAUUUCAGAGACGAUCCCGGUACCGUGGUGUUCGAUGUUCGAUGCUGCAGUGUAAACAGAGAAAAUCAAAAGAAAGCAAAACGAUUUACGCGUAGCGCGUCGCCACAUGUUGGUGAAAUAUGGAAUAGUGCCAAUAGGGUCACACCAAAUAACCAAAAGAUUGCGCGCAAUGAUGUUGUGUUGUGUGAAUGGGACAGGUGGUGGAUGUGCCGCCUCCAUCGUCUAGUAGUAGCUGCAGCUGCAACGAAGUUUUGUGCGCUGCGUCAUCAACGUUAUGUCGGGCGCAACAUCUACCAACACGACCAAUGCUGCUGCCGGCGUAGCACCAGAAAUCACUGCCGAAUGGACGGUACAUGCGCAGCUCACUCUGUCGUCUUCGACGGCAAAACCCGUCGACGGCGGAACAGCAAAGGACGAGGUUCCAGCUCAUGGAGGUGCGACCAGCACGCCAGCCACUCUCAGGGAUGACCAAGCGAACAAUAUCAGAGGCGGUGAUGCUGGUGGUGGCGGAAAGGUCGAUUUAAAUUUUUCACAACAACCCACCGGCGGUUCCUCCGGCACCACCACCACCACUGGUAGCGGUAAUCCAGUAAAACUUGUUUAUAAAUUUAGCACCACUGACCAUGCACUGCCAUUCGUGGCGGCGACGGCGGUACCAUCAGCUUCGUACGCUCAGCCGAAUUCAGCCAGCCGGGAGCGGCCGGUUGGGAAGGGUAACGUUAUUUUUAACAACGAUCCAUCAUCACCGGCGACGGUGGCCUCCGUUUUUGUUCAGUCACCAACCGGUGACGGACCACAACCGCCAGGGAUAGAUGGAGCUGCCACGGGGUCAUCCGCCAGCUCCCAGCUGUUUCCCAAAUGCACCAGUACCUGUAGCAUCGUUCUGACGGCUUGUACCGAUAUACUGCCAACGACAGACUCAAUACCGAUCAUUAUCAACAAGUGCGAGUCUACCAACAACAUUUCCGUGGACAAAGGUACCAACUUCCCAGAAAAGACCACUAGCAACGCUAAAGACGUAAGCUGCCAAACGAGCGACUGGGAGACGAAUACGAUUCAAACGAUCCAAACGGGGGUUGACCCCGAGGAAGGAGGAUCGAUUCGUCGUCGCGCUCGUGCUCAGCGAACAAUCACAGAUGACUGUCUGCUUUCGCCUCCACCAAGGAGAAGGGUAGAGGAUUCCAAGUUUGAUUCGCUCAUCCGCAAAUCGGUAUCCCCGAUCGUGAAUCCAUUCAUUUCGCCUACCAAUACGAUCCGAUCACAACAAUCCGCCUCUGCGUCGGCGUCAGUCAUCAAAAAGAAACCAAGAACCGUACACAUCGAUGUGUACUGUACCGGGUCGGAUGUGGAAUCUUCCUGCUCUUCGAACGACGAUGAUGACGAUGAUGAUGGAUCGUUGGACGGGAAGUCAUUGUCAUCACAUUCGUCAUGCUCAUCCGGAAGCCGAUUCGAUACGAGCCACAUGAUGGAAUUGAAGUCUAUGGCCGCUGCCGCCGCCACAGCCACUUCCAACCCAACCCAAUCCCAACCGAUUUUCGAGUCGGAAGAGAUGAGAGUGCGACACAAGCGAGCCGGAAAGCAUGAAGUCCCCAGACGGUUGAUGCAGCAACCUAUCGAUCAAAAUACGCUUUCCACGAUAGGCAGUUUGAAACGGUCCACUUCGAUCGGUGGAGGUAGUGGACGCCAGCGGGCAUCUGUGGCAACCCGUCGGAGCGUCGCGAACGAUGAGAUCAACGAAUCGAAGCAAAUCCUCUUCAACAAACACCUCGGUGAUAUGACCAAGGCGGCCAAGGUGGAAGAUUUGAGUGUUUACUUCCGGCGAGAUGCGAGCGACGAUGCGAUCAGCUCGAACUACGCCAUGUCAAACCGAUCGACACGCCGAGACAUUACCGGAAGCAGCAUUUCAAGUGCUCUGGCUUCCGCCUCCGGUGGUCUGUACGGGGAGGAUGAGGACGACGUGGUGCUUCUAGUCGGUGACACGGGAUCGAGCAAAUCGCAACUGAAUCGUAGCGGCACUACCGCUACGCAGUCCGAUAGCUUCGAGUACGAAAACAGUGAGGAUCGAUAUCGGAUUCACGAGAUGGAGCGUGUCUGGAACCAGCAGCACUGGAAAUCGCCUUCGGUCGAGCGAAGGCUCCUCGAGCUGCACAAUCCACGUCACGCCAGCGAUAGUGAACAGAGAGCAUCGAUGCCACGGUUGCUGCGAAGUGAUUCGGAAAACAAUCUGACCGAAUCGGAUCAUAGCUUCGUGUACGACGAAGCACCGACGGUACCAUUGUCGCGAGCACACGAUUCGAAUCCGUCGCUUAACGAGCUCAGUGACUCCAGUCCAUCUACGGUUAAGAGUGCAUCCCAUCCGCGGCCAGCAGAUCGAAGCCGAGCGAUCCUUCAACAAGCUAUCCUUGCAGCUACCAUGCAGCAACAGCGAGAGUUUAGCCCGGUAGAAGGUUACACUACCGAGUAUCUGGCCAUCGCUAGGCGAUUCGGUAGCUUGAUUAAAGGUCGCCGAAAGCCAGGCACACACAUGGGUCCGGUACGGAAUCCGGAAUGUCCCUGUGCUCACUGUCGCCGCUGGAUGAUGGAACGGGACAUCACCGGCGGUGGCAAUAGCGGUCCUGGUGUGCUCCGCGAACGAGCGGUUUCCGUCGAUGAGACGAUGCCGCAUAAUAUUGUCGACAUGCGGCGACACUUUCACAUGAGAAAUCUUUUCUAACCCAGCGUGUCCACCCUGAUUACGAUUACUUCUUAACCCAAUUCAUUUAUUAUCGAAGCAUUUCUCUUGUGACCCUCACUCCCCCUCGCGCGUGUGUGUGUUCCUGCCUCUUGCCUUUGUCCGAGGCAAAUACUUUUAGUGUACUUAUUCUCUUGUAAGAAGGGGCAAGUGCGAUGAUAAAACUGUGUAAUACAAUAAAAGUCAUCAACAUUUCUUCAAAUUUUAUAUGUUUCUGCUUUGAGAAUAUGACUAUACUUCGCCUUUCUUACUCCUAGGAAUGCAACAAAGCAAUCUACGAACGACCUGUUACUAAUUUCUCAUUUUCGUUUCAUUUCUUCUU